AUGGCACGAAAUGAUGGGAAACCCGUCCCCCUAGGUCAUUGUACCUACUACGAAGGGAUGCAUGACUACCGCCCUGGGCGCGUACCGGAGAAUGUGUGGCGACAUAAGUGGAGAAAGAAUUCAAAAAUUACUCAGCAGAACCGCAAAGUCGCAGAUGCCAAUGGGUCGACAGCUAGGCACACCGCGGGUAGUAUAGGAUUUGACGAGCACCGUAACAACUUAGAAAAGAUGAUGGGUAAACCACCCACACAAUUUGAUGUUUUCAUGAAGACGCAUGGCACAGCUGAGGCGAAAAAAAGAUAUUUUGCGGGAGAUCAUGAAAAUCUCGAAUAUUGCUCACUAACUGCCAAAGAAGCACAAGAGAUGUAUCUACAGGAGAUGGUAAAAAAACACGGAGAAGACUCUUCAAACCAUAAAGAUGAUGCGAGGGUAUGGGAGGAAAUUCAACUUAGGAGAAAAGGAAAGAAUAAGGGUGAUAUCUAUGGCAUAGGAUCGAGCAUCAGAUAUACAUUUUGUGAUUACUGGGACACCGUCUUCCCAAUCCACCCAAUCGGAUAG